AGUCAGAACAGAGUGAGGUAAAUCUUAACCAACCAAAAAAAUGGCGGCUUUAUCAUCGUCCACUCUGUUUUUCUCCUCCAAAACAACUUCUCCGAUCAGUAAUCUCCUGAUCCCGCCAUCUCUCCACCGCUUCUCUCUACCCUCUUCAUCUUCCUCCUUUUCCUCUCUCUCUUCUUCUUCUUCUGCUUCUCUCUUGACAUUCUCUCUGAGGACUUCUCGAAGGUUAUCUCCUCAGGGAUUUACCGUUAAGGCCAGCUCCGUCGGUGAGAAGAAGAAUGUACUUAUAGUCAACACCAACAGCGGCGGCCACGCUGUGAUCGGGUUUUACUUCGCCAAAGAGCUUCUCUCCGCCGGACAUGGCGUCACCAUCAUGACCGUCGGCGAUGAAUCUUCCGACAAGAUGAAGAAACCUCCUUUCAACCGAUUCUCCGAAAUUAUCAGUGGCGGAGGAAAGACGGUGUGGGGAAACCCUGCCGAUGUUGCCAAUGUGGUCGGAGGUGAAACAUUUGACGUUGUCCUUGACAACAAUGGCAAGGAUUUGGAUACUGUCAGGCCAGUGGUGGAUUGGGCUAAAAGCUCCGGCGUGAAGCAAUUCUUGUUCAUAAGCAGCGCCGGGAUCUACAAGUCCACCGAACAACCUCCUCACGUUGAAGGGGACGCAGUUAAAGCUGACGCAGGCCACGUGGGAGUGGAGAAGUACUUAGCUGAAACAUUCGGUAACUGGGCCUCGUUUCGACCACAGUACAUGAUCGGCUCUGGCAACAACAAAGACUGCGAAGAAUGGUUCUUCGACCGGAUUGUGAGGGAUAGAGCAGUGCCAAUCCCAGGAUCAGGAUUGCAGCUAACCAACAUAUCCCACGUGAGGGACUUGUCUUCGAUGCUGACUUCUGCUGUGACCAACCCCGAGGCUGCAUCCGGAAACAUCUUCAACUGCGUUAGCGACAGAGCCGUCACUCUUGACGGUAUGGCCAAGCUCUGUGCUGCCGCUGCUGGCAAAACAGUUGAGAUCGUUCAUUAUGACCCUAAAGCCAUUGGGGUUGACGCCAAGAAGGCUUUUCCAUUCAGAAACAUGCAUUUCUACGCAGAGCCAAGAGCCGCAAAGGAGAUAUUAGGGUGGGAAAGUAAAACGAAUCUGCCUGAAGAUCUCAAGGAGAGAUUUGAAGAGUAUGUGAAGAUUGGCAGAGACAAGAAAGAGAUCAAGUUUGAGUUAGACGAUAAGAUACUCGAAGCCCUCAAAACUCCAGUGGCGGCUUGAUCAAAAUAGGCCAUAAAGUUUCUUCUUCAUU